AUGGAAAGGAACAGAAAUGAAACUGAAGCAUCCGUCGUACGUAAUCAUUUCUUCGGAUAUUUACUUGGAGUGUUUUUGAGAUAUUCAUCAUACAGUGCAAUAUUGAAUCUACAGUCGAGUAUUAAUAUAGAAGAUGGAUUAGGUACGGUUUCUUUGUCUGCCUCAUACAUAUCCUGCAAUAUAUUUCUUGUAUUUUUUACCACAAUACUUUUGAGAAAAUUUGGAGCGAAGAAAUGUUUAAUAGCAAGUGAAGUCACCUACAUAAUUUACAUUCUUGCCAAUCUCUAUCCCGAAUUUUACACACUGAUACCAGCAGCAAUUCUAGUUGGAGCUGGCGAAGCAACAAUAUGGUCAUCGAUGACAUUAAUCAAUUUCUAUUUUGCCACAAAAUAUGCGACUCUGAAAAAACACGAAUAUAAAGAAAACGUUUUUUUCGUCAAUCUUUACUCGGGAUAUUUUUUCACCUGUAUUCAGUUUUGCCAGAUAUUUGGCAACCUCGUUGUCUAUGCGGUGCUCUACGCAUUCAGUGAUUCUAAGGCAAACACCACACAAAACACUGAAAACAAUUUCACAACUACUCAAUCGUAUUCGGAUGCCGACAAAAUGAUGUUUUGUGGAUCCAAUGAUUGCCAAGAUAGCACGGCGAUCGACGAGUCUUUGAGACAAUACGUUCCCACAAAAAAUGUUUCUUCAAUCAUACUCAUAACCAUUUUAUUAUUUAUGUGCUCCACAUCUAUGAUUUGCCACUGGUAUUUUAUAUCUGAAGAUGUUACUGUUGUAAUUAUAAGCAAAGUUACAGGUAAUGAAAUAUCCGAAACUACUGAAAAUUAUGUAAAUUUGGCCUUCGAAGUGCAGGCGGACGAAAUACACGAAGAUUCAAGUGAACCCAAGGAUAGUGAUGUGGACAUUGAUGAUAAUAAAAAACGGUCCAAUGUCCCCGAAUCUAACUCAAACUCUUGUGCCAAAGACACAAACAAGGAAGAAAUAUUCUUAGAGGAUACAGAGGAAACAUUUGGAGGUGCCUAUUUGAAGUCAUUGAAGGAUUUGGGAAAACACACGGUAAAGGCCACGCAGUUGUUAUUGAUACCGAUAACAUUGUACUUGGGUCUGUUGGAGGCAUACGUUUUUUCAGAGUUAACGAGGGCAUUUUCUUCGUGCGUUGUUGGUGUAGAAAUGGUAGGAAUACAUAUGGCAACUUACGGGUUUUCUGAUGCCGUUUUAUCUUACGUCGUUGGGAAAGUCAGGAUGAAAAUUGGUCGAAUUCCAUUUAUUGUAUUUUCAAUGGUUGUUGACUUUGGGAGUUAUGCAUACUGUCUUUGGUGGGACCCAAAUCUCGAAUCAGCAUGGUCAAUCUUCAUAAUAUAUUUUGCCUUCGGAGUAACGGAUGGAAUAUGGCAAACAUUGACAAAUGUACUGUACCUGGAAUAUUUCGAAGGAAGUCACGAUGUUGCAGUUACAAGCUGGGUUUUAUGGUCAACCUUGGGCUAUGCUUUACAAUAUGGAUGGAGUACGAAGCUCUGUGUAUACGUCAAAAUUUAUAUCCAGGUCGGAACGCUUAUUUUAGGAAUGAUUUGCUACGGUGUUGCUGAAUAUUUACAUCGAAAUAAGAAAUUGACUGAGGUUGCUGAAGAGGAAACUCGAUUGUAA